GUGUGGGUGUAUACCUUCUUGCACACUCGUUUGCUUCCAAUUUAUGCUAAUGUUAUUGGAGUUGAUGGUGGCAUUGAAGACAUUGUUGUGUAUAAUACGAUAUGUGUCUAAUGGUGAGUGUGGUUGUUUAGAAUGUGUUCAGAUAUUGUUAAAGCACGGUGCCCUAGUGAAGUCAAAGAACAACACUGGAUGGAAUUGUCUGGAGGAGGCGAUAAGUUAUGGAGAUAGGCAGACGAUUGCAUCUCUAGUGCAGAAGCUACGAUACCAAGCGAGAGAGCUAAUCGAGACAAAACGGCCACGAAUAGUUAAAUUACUCAAACAAUUGCCCAACUUCUACUUGGAGUUGAAAUGGGAUUUUCACAGCUGGAUUCCUCUAGUCUCUAGGAUGCUGCCGUCGGACGUGUGCAAGGUGUACAAGAAGGGAUCGUGUUUGAGAAUGGACACGACGCUCGUCGACUUCUCCGACAUGAAAUGGCAACGCGGCAAUCUCAGCUUCCUCUUCAACGGCGAUGCUCAACGUCAUUGUGCUGUCUGUAUAUUGGACAACGAACUGAAAGUCUACCAACGAAUGAAAGGCCAUUUGGAUGAAGUUGAUCUUGAUGAUGAAGUUGAUUUCUUGAUGAGCACUGAUAUUGUGUCUAUACAAAUGUCGACCAAACCCGUCUCGUUUACGAGAUCUCAAUGUGGGUGGCUGUUCAAGACGGAGAAGACGGAGAAGGUCGGCUUGUUCGAUGCAAACGUCUACGACAUCCACGGACUAACAGUCGUCACAAGAAAAAGGCGUGAACACUUAUCCGAGGAAGAUCUACAACGAAACAAGGCGCUCGUCGAGAGCUUCACAAAGGGCCAAACUAAUGGAGACGGAGAGCCGUCGUUAGAGAGACGGCAAUCGCUGUUGCCACCUCCCCAUGUGAACGUUGGUUUCUGUGAGUAUUUGAACGCGGAGAAUGACUGCCAUUUUGGGAGGCCGAUGCUAAUGAAGGAAGACAAACGAAAUUUCAAAGCGGCGAUAGCUCUCUGUGACGAUUUUCCGGUUGCCAUUCACAUGCUGUUGGAUUUGCUAGAGAUUAUUGCUCCGUUUAGACACUUCAACAAGUUGAGAGAGUUUGUGGACUUGCGGCUUCCACCAGGAUUUCCUGUUAAAGCAGAAAUCCCAGUGUUACCAACUAUCACGGCUCAGGCAACGUUUCAAGACUUUGUAGUGAAAGAUGAUAUCCCAGCACAUAUUUUCCUUAUUCCCAGAGAUUACAAGGAGGACCCUUCAAGAUUUCCUGAUGUCUGACAUCGAUGCGGCACUCUAAUAUGCAAUGUGUGGAUUGAUUUCAUGCUAGCAGAAGCUAGUAAAGCUUAUUUAUUCUUAUAAAGUUUACGAUGACUGUUGACCAUUAGAUUUAUACAUAUGACUGUGCAUAAGUAUGGUAUUUUAGAUGGCGAUUAUUUCCUCUUCUUUCCCUUUUUCUUCUUUGGUUGUUGAGAAGCUA